ACAUACUUCUCCGUGGACCAAUGAUAGAGACAAAGCGGACUGUUUCAUCAUCGGGGACGGUGCGAGAUCGCAAAACGUGAUCUCGCGGUGCCGGCGGAGUUGAUGCUGCGCGCUCAGCGGUGCGGCGACACAAGGGGAGAGAUAAAAAGGGGGGAGGGGACGGGCCUCGCUUCUUGCCUCUCUCUCCUUUCUUCUCCAUCCUUCUGCUCGGACUGCACCUUCCAUCCAGUGAGAUCAUUGAUCGAGGAGGAAGCAUUGCUGAUUGCAAACAAAGACGCGAGUUGGCUCCUCUGGCUUGGCGCCAGAGGGAAUCUUUCCCCCUUUCUCACCUUCGGCCAUCUUGGUCUGCUUAUGCCCUCCUUGUCUGCCCUUCUGCUCUUCUGAAAUCCAUCUGUUUGCACGACUUGCUGCUAUUUGCUCCUCUGCAGCCCUUCAGUCAACCUGACAUUCUCCCUUCGACGGUGAAUCCGCUUCA